CCGCCUGGAAGAGCUGUUCCUCAGCUCCCCGCCGGCCCAGCAGCUCUCCUUCCUGCGCAGCGGCCUCCUGAGCAGCCUCUACCUGCCCUCGGGCCUCCGCCCCGUGCCCCUGCUCCGGUGGCUGUUCCAGCUGCUGACAUGGCCUCCAGAAACUUCUUUGGGAGCCUUUGGUCUCCUGUGGGACCUCAGCGUGGAUGGGCUCUUCCGUCCGUCUGCGAGCUUAAAAGUGAGGCUAGCCUGAGCCGGACUGAGCAGCAGGACACCCCCCAGGAGACGGCCUUGGACAGCAGCUUGAGCCACAUCUGUAAGUUCCUGAUGCUGUGCGUGCUGGCCCAGCCAGGGGCCUACACCGAUGGGAGCCUCUUGGGCCUGAUUGAGCUGCUGUGCCGAGCCGGCUUGGACGUGGGGCUCCGCCUGCUGCCCAAGACCGACCUCCAGCAGCUCCUGCUUCUGCUCCUGGACAGCAUCCAGGAGUGGCCGGGGAAGCUCCGGCAGCUGUGCUGUGCCCUGAGCCGGGCAUCUGAUCACCACCACAACCUGCUGGCGCUUGUGCAGCUCUUCCUGGACGUGACGCCCCGGAGCAGGCAGCUUCGACGCCAGCUCAGCCUCGUGAUCAUUGCCCGGCUGCUGGACCAGCAAGGGACGCUCCCUCUCUGGCAAGAGAAGGCCCAGCUGUCCUUGCUCAGGCAUCUCCUGAGCCUCAUGAGGCCAUCAACCCUGGGGCAGUACCUGGGCCCUGAGACCAUGCCGCCCGGCCAGGAGAAGCAGCCAAAGGCCAGUGCCCAGCUAGACCACAAGGUCUGCUACCUGUGUCACAGCCUCCUGACGCUGGCUGGGCUGGUGGUCAGCGGCCAGGACAUUACUCCAGACCAAUGGGGAGAGCUGCAGCUGCUGUGCAUGCAGUUGGACCGCUGCAUCAGCACCCACAUCCGGGAGAGCCCCCAGGCCAUGCACUGGACCACACUCAAGGACCUGGCUGCCCAGACCUACAUCCGCUGGCAGGAGCUGCUGGUCCACUGCCAGCCCCAGACCCAGUACUUCAGCCCCUGGGAAGACAUCUAAUGGAGCAGGGCAGGGGUGGCCCAGUGCUCCUGGCCCUGGCAGGAAGUGAACAUGGCCCAGCUAACUGGAGGCAUGAAGAAUGGAGACCAGAGGAGGACCAGCCAGCUGAACCAAGCACCUGCCUCCCCCGCUGCCCUGAGCCCCCUCCGGGCGAGGAUCCUGCCUCUCGCUGCCUGGCUCACCUCUCAGCUCUCCUUCCCUUCCCCACCGUCUCCUCUCCCCGAGACCUUUGUCUCCAAAGCUCUGGUUUUCCUGGGCUUCCUGGGUCCUCCGGCCACCAUCCUCCCCACCCUCCUUCCCAUCUCUGUGUGUCCCUAAUGUGAGGGUUCCCUGUGCACGCUAAAGUCUCAUUUCAGCAUCA